AUGGCGAAGAAGAUUGGAGUGACGAUGGAAGUUGGAAACGAUGGUGUUGCUGUGAUCACCAUUUCCAAUCCUCCUGUUAACUCCUUGGCCAGUCCAAUUAUUGCUGGGCUGAAGGAGAAGUUUCAAGACGCGAAUCAGAGGAGUGAUGUUAAGGCGAUCGUGUUGAUCGGGAACGGUGGAAGAUUUUCGGGUGGUUUCGACAUCAAUGUCUUCCAGCAAGUUCAUAAGACUGGGGACUUAUCGCUUAUGCCUGAAGUGUCCGUUGAACUUGUGUGCAACCUCAUGGAAGACUCUAGGAAGCCGGUUGUUGCUGCAGUUGAAGGAUUAGCUCUUGGUGGUGGUUUAGAACUGGCAAUGGCGUGUCAUGCCCGAGUAGCUGCUCCGAAAGCUCAACUAGGCUUACCAGAACUUACACUUGGAGUUAUUCCAGGUUUUGGUGGAACCCAACGUCUUCCAAGAUUAGUAGGGCUUGCAAAAGCAACUGAUAUGAUAUUGCUUUCGAAGUCGAUCUUGUCAGAGGAAGGGCAUAAACUUGGUCUCAUUGAUGCUUUGGUGCCGUCUGGAGAUUUGUUGAGCACGUCCAGAAAGUGGGCGCUAGACAUUUUAGCUGGACGUAAACCCUUUUUGAGAUCACUGCACAGGACAGACAAAAUUGGUUCUUUAUCUGAAGCUCGUGCUAUAUUGAAGAAUUCAAGACAGCUAGCUAAGAAGAUAGCCCCAAAUAUGCCUCAGCACCACGCUUGCAUUGAGGUGAUUGAAGAAGGAGUCAUCCAUGGAGGAUAUAGUGGAGUUCUUAAGGAAGCAGAAGUUUUUAAGCAAUUAGUACUGUCAGACACAGCAAAGGCUCUUGUUCAUGUGUUCUUUGCACAGCGUGCAACAUCAAAGGUGCCUAAUGUAACUGACGCUGGAUUGAAGCCUAGAGCGAUCAAAAAAGUUGCAGUUAUUGGUGGAGGUCUGAUGGGUUCUGGUAUCGCUACUGCUCUGCUUCUAAGCAAUACAAGAGUUGUGCUUAAAGAAAUUAACCCAGAAUACCUUCUCAAAGGAACAAAAUCAGUUGAAGCAAAUCUGAAAAGCAUGGUAUCUAGAGGAAAACUGACACAAGACAGAGCAGGCAAGGCCUUCUCUUUGCUCAAGGGAGUACUCGAUUACACAGAGUUCAAAGAUGUGGACAUGGUCAUUGAGGCAGUGAUUGAAAACAUUCAGUUGAAGCAAAAGAUAUUCAAAGAAAUCGAAGAGGUAUGUCCACCACAUUGCAUUUUGGCGAGCAACACAUCUACGAUUGACCUCGACGUAAUUGGGGAAAAGACUAACUCAAAAGAUCGCAUUGUUGGUGCACAUUUCUUCAGCCCUGCGCAUAUAAUGCCCCUUCUCGAGAUUGUUCGUUCAAAGAAUACUUCCGCUCAGGUGAUUCUGGAUCUCAUGACACUUGGGAAGGCCAUAAAGAAAGUUCCUGUGGUGGUUGGAAACUGCAUAGGGUUUGCAGUGAAUAGGACAUUCUUUCCGUAUACACAAGCUGCACAUAUGCUGGUCAAUCUUGGUGUUGACCUGUUCAGAGUUGACAGCGUUAUUACCUCUUUUGGCUUGCCUUUGGGUCCUUUCCAGCUUGGUGAUUUGGCUGGACAUGGGAUUGGAAUAGCGGUUAAGCACAUAUAUGACAAGGUCUAUGGUGACCGCAUGUUCAGCUCUCCAUUGACUGAGCUUCUGCUUAAGAGCGGGCGAAAUGGAAAAAUCAGUGGAAGAGGAUACUAUAUUUACGAGAAGGGAAGCAAGCCAAAACCAGAUUCAUCAGUGCUUUCAGUUGUUGAGGAAUCGAGGAAACUUACCAAUAUCAUGCCUGGUGGGAAGCCUCUAUCAGUAACUGAUAAAGAGAUUGUAGAGAUGAUAUUGUUCCCUGUGGUCAACGAGGCAUGCCGUGUCCUAGAUGAAGGAGUUGUGAUCAGAGCCGCAGACUUGGACAUUGCAUCUGUCCUUGGAAUGAGCUUUCCCUCUUACCGCGGAGGAAUUGUUUUCUGGGCAGAUACGGUGGGACCAAAGUACAUAUAUGAAAGGCUUAAGAGAUUGUCUGAGACUUAUGGUGGCUUUUUCAAACCUUCGAGGUAUCUGGAGGAAAGGGCAAUGAAUGGAAUGCUUUUGAGUGAACCGAAAUCAUCCAGGUCUCGAUUGUGA